AGAAAGGCUUCUUCGCGCGAGGUGAACUCUGACGUCUUCUGGGUCUCUUUCGCCUUUUCUUUUAUUUCCCCUUCUCCGUUUCGGUCUUUCUUUUUUUCUCCUGUGUUCCUCUUCCCUGUGGAAGGUCUGUCUCCCCGGUGCGUCUGCGCAAAUUCGAGGACUUCUCUGAAUCUGUGGCCGUCCUCGUUGUCUUGGGUCUCUAAGACCUUCUUUUUCUUCUCUUUUUGCUGUGCUGCUGUCGCCUUUCUUCUUCCCUAGUUUUCAAGUCACCACCAUGGCCGAAGUCGAAAAACGCGAGGAGGCGGCCGCCUCCGAACCUCAGGUCGAGGCAGAGGCGAAGCAACCGGAGGGCGAGGAAGAGGCGCCCCAGCAGUUCGACUUCGGCGAGCGUCGUCGCAGAAAAAAGAAGGAGAAGAAGGAGACAGAACAGGCUCAAGAAGAGGCACCAAUCAUCGAUGGAACCGGCGAGCUCUUCAAGCGUGGAAAGGAGUACAGCUACCAAGAGAUGCUCCAACGCAUCCAAACUCUGAUCGAGAAGCACAACCCAGAUCUUUCAGGGGCGAAGCGGUACACGAUCAAGCCGCCGCAGGUCGUUCGUGUAGGCUCGAAGAAGGUCGCAUGGAUCAACUUCAAAGACAUCUGCAACAUCAUGAACCGACAGCCUGACCAUGUGCACCAGUUCGUGCUCGCUGAACUCGGAACGGAAGGCUCGAUUGCCGGAGACGGACAGCUUGUAUUGAAGGGGAAAUACGGCCCGAAGCACAUUGAGGCUCUUCUCAGGAAAUACAUCACGGAGUACGUCACAUGUCAGAUGUGCAAGAGCCCAAACACGACAAUGCAGCGCGACAGUCGAACGCGUCUGUGGCAACAGAGCUGCGUAGCUUGCGGAGCUAACAGAUCUGUGACGACGAUCAAAAGUGGGUUCCACGCCGUCGGGAAAGGCGAAAGAAGAAAGGCGAAACUCGGUUGAGGACGUGUUCGAUGUGGAGAGAAGCAGUCGCGCUGUCCUCACAAGGACGCCCGGGCCGUCAUCGGCAGUAUCUUGUCGUCUUUCGGUUUCUGCUCUCGGACGUCCUCUCGCGGUCGACGCAUCCACGGCUCGACCUGCAGUCAGCGAGCCUGCCCGGCGGGACGACGCGUUUUUACUUGGGUAGAGAGUUGACGGUUCAAAAGGCUUGCUCCACGAUGUCACUACGCUGGCGAAAGAAACGUACCGAGAGUGGACUGCGCUCGAAGCACACCCUAGAGACGCCUCAUUUUUGUAUAUAGAUGUGUGCGCGGGACUGUGCGACAAAAAGGGUGAUGGACUCUGGAGAAGGGACGUCGGGAAAGACGGCGGGGGCGAUAGGAGGGUGGAAGGGGAGGCAGACGCAACGGGGAGUUCCCCAGGAGGCAACGAAUCAGACUUAGAGAUUUAGAAAGGAAAUCGAGGAUCGGCGACAACCGAGAGUUGCUGAGAGAAGCCUCGCCGACCGCCUCCUGUCUGCAGCGCUGUCGUUUGUCGCCCGCGCUUUGCUUGACUGAUGUUCAUCUGCAUGUGUUCGUUCUGUUUACGCGCAUGCGGAGCCAUGCUGAUACACGCCUAGGCAUGUGCUGAUACAUUCUCGGACCUCGAGUCACUGAUCACAGAUUUAUGCAUAGAGUUUCGCGUCCCGCUGGCGGGUCCUCCGUCCACGCUCGAAAGUUACAGUCUAAAAGUUUUCUCGUUAGGAGAAGCUCGGCUGCUCUCAUUCCUGCAGUGUAACUGGUCUGUGACCAUCCUGUUAUCUUGUUGCGCGUGACAAACCUUGCGCGUUCCUCGCUAAACGCCUUCUCAGC